GCUUAGCUUAGCUUAGCUUAGCAUGCUAACUCUUAGCUUGAGUGAGAGUAGCAGAGUGCUGUUAUUCAUUUGCAUGUGGUCACAUCUGUAUUACAGCACAGUUUCUCUAUUUCUUUAUUUUUAUGCAUUUAAUACGCAUUAAAUUCGACAGAGAAAUUAAAAUGUAAUAAUAGUGUUUAUUUAAAAGCGUAGUAGUCAGUGUGUUGAAUCAAGUGUAGCUGGAAUAGAAAGUGAAAGUGAAGCAGUGAGUUUUCCUUUGAGAAGAAACGAUCAGAAAGUCUUUAUCAGGAAUAACACUCAAUUAACAAGCAGAAAAUUCACUUGUGGCAUGAUUUACAUCACAUAACCAGGAUAAUUCACCUCUCACUUUAUCGUUAGCUGAAAAAGUGAUUGAUCAGAAAGUCAAUCAAGAAGCAGAAAACUCACUUGUGGCAUGAUUUACAUCACCUAACCAGGACAAUUCAACCCUCACUUUAUCGUUAGCUGAAAAAGGUGUUCACCUGCAGCCAUGAGUAAGAGGAGCGCAGAUAAAGCAGAUGAGCCAACAAAGUGGAAGAAGUUCAAACGUGAGGAUGCCAGCUCUGAUGAAGAUGAGGAGUCAUCACAAAGAACCACUAGCCAGGACUCCAGUCAAAGUGAGUCUCACAGUGAUGCUGAAGAUCACAGACCCAGCUUCUCCAACCCGGCAGCGUCCCAGAAUGCCUCAGGCAACGAUGAUCCAAACUCUUCUAAAUUCUCCAUGUACAACAGCGUCUCACAGAAACUCAUGGCCAAAAUGGGGUUUAAAUUGGGUGAGGGUUUGGGGAAGUUCGGUCAGGGUCGGAAGGACAUCGUGGAGGCGUCGACCCAGCACGGGAGGAGAGGUCUGGGCCUCACACUGCAGGGCUUUGAGGGCGAGCUCAACGUGGAGUGGAAGGACGAAUCAGAGCCCAGUGCUUUUGAGGAGGUGUCAUGGUUCCCUGAAUGUACCACAGAGAUCCCAGACUCUGAUGAGCUGGGGGACUGGAUGACCACUGGCCAGAAAAAGCUGAAGAUUGAAGAUGAGACGGAGUUCUGCUCGGAGGAUUUUCUGCACCUGCUUAUACGCUGCAAGUCUGUGUUCGAUGACCUCGAGGGUGAAGAAAUGAGGCGAGCUCGGACACGUUCGAACCCCUAUGAAACAAUACGAGGCGGUUUCUUUCUCAACAGAGCUGCUAUGAAGAUGGCAAACAUGGACCACGUGUUCGACUACAUGUUCACCAACCCAAAGGAUGCCCAAGGGAGACCCACCGUCCGUGAUAAGGACAGCGAGCUGCUUUAUUUUGGAGACGUGUGUGCCGGGCCGGGAGGGUUUUCCGAGUACGUCCUGUGGCGGAAGCGCUGGAACGCCAAAGGCUUCGGCAUGACUCUGAAAGGAUCCAACGAUUUCAAACUGGAAGACUUCUACGCUGCACCCAGUGAACUCUUUGAGCCGUACUAUGGCGAGGGUGGGAUUGAGGGCGACGGCGACAUAACACGACCCGAGAACAUAAGUGCGUUUCGCAACUUCGUUCUAGAGAGCACGGAGAAGCGAGGCCUGCACUUCCUCAUGGCCGAUGGGGGCUUUUCAGUGGAGGGGCAGGAGAACAUCCAGGAGAUCCUCAGCAAGCAGCUUCUUCUCUGCCAGUUCCUCACAGCCUUGUCCGCCGUCCGACCGGGAGGGCACUUUGUGUGUAAGACGUUUGACCUCUUCACACCGUUCAGCGUGGGUCUAAUCUACCUGCUGUACCUGUGCUUCGACAGAGUGUCACUAUUCAAACCUGUCACCAGCAGGCCUGCCAACUCUGAGAGGUACAUUGUGUGUAAGGGUCUGAAGCCGGGCUCCGAAGCGGUUCGAGAAUACCUAUUCACAGUGAACCUGAAGUUAAAUCAGUUCAGAAACUCUGAGAGAGACGUCACAGAAGUGGUGCCUCUGGACAUCAUCAAAGGAGACACAGAAUUCUACCAGUACAUGAUGGAGUCCAACGAGAGUCAUUGCUCGGUACAGAUCAAAGCCCUCUCUAAAAUCCAUUCCUUCGUCAGAGACGCGACGUUGUCCGAGCCCAGACAGGCUGAUGUCCGUAAGGAAUGUCUCAGAAUGUGGGGGAUUCCAGAUCAAGCCAGAGUGGCACCUUCUUCAUCAGACCCCAAAUCCAAGUUCUGUGAGCUCAUAAACGUUUCAGACACUGAACACUUCACAUCUAAGCCCACUCCGUUAAGCUCCAGCACUCUGGACAAGCUGCAGCAUGUAUUGGACCAUCGGUGCAUCGUUGGAGGGGGAGAGCAGAUCUUCCUCCUGGGGCUCGGGAAAUCUCAGAUCCACAUGUGGGAUGGAAAAACUCCUGUGCGCUGGAGAAAACUGGAGAACUUUAAGCUAGAACUGCCUCGAGACACCUUGCUAAGCGCCGAGAUUGUGCAGGAGCUGAAGGGAGAGGGUAAAGCCCAGCGCAGGAUCAAUGCGGUUCAUAUUCUGGAUGCUCUGGUUCUCAAUGGCACAGACGUACGACAACAGCACUUCAACCAGAGGAUUCAGAUGGCUGAGAAGUUUGUGAAGGCGGUGUCCAAACCCAGCCGACCGGACAUGAACCCCAUACGAGUAAAGGAGGUGUACAGAUUAGAGGAGAUGGAUAAGAUUUUUGUAAGACUGGAGAUGAAAGUGACCAAGAGCUCAGGCGGAAUGCCCCGGCUGUCCUACACGGGCCGAGACGAUCGCCACUUUCUACCCACCGGCCUCUACAUCAUCAAAACAGUCAAUGAUCCCUGGACGAUGGCUUUCAGUAAGAGUUCGAAGAGGAAAUUCUUUUUUAACAAACAGACCAAACAGUCGUCGUACGUCAUGGAUCCCGGUGCUGUCGCUCCAUUCCAUGUGUGUCACCAUGAAAGGCUUUUCUGGGCCUGGGAGGAAGGGGUCAGAGUUCACGACUCACAGACUCGUGUCGACCCCCAGAAACUAUCCAAGGAUCAAGUCUUGGGUUUCGUCCGCAAACACUGUGAGCAGUGGGAGGCCUGAAGCUCAGGGUGAAGCUUCUCUUCACCAGCAGAGGACGCUGUAGCUUGAAGGAAGGGUUGUGUGAUUAAAAGACUGAAACUCUGAUCUGAUUUAACAAGCUGCACUUGUGUAACUGCUUCGAGAGCAGCUUUCAGCCUCGAGUCCUUAACAGGCCUGGUUUAUCCGCACUGCAACGAUACCAUUCUUAGGAGAAUUUAAGGCCGUAAUCACGAUACGUCUUUCCAAUUUUCAGAUAUGCUUAAAAUGCCUUUUUCCUAAUAUACUGAUGUAUUCCACUCACUAGCUUUGCAUUAUGGAUAUAUUAGGAUCUCUGAUCUCUGAUCUCUUUGCUGUUUAUAUGGCAGGAAUAGUUUAGAUUAGCAGGUACCCCCCCCCCCCCCCCCCCCCCUCCAUUUCGUCUGUGUGUCGGGGACGUACAGCGCCCGUGCGUGGUUCUCUGCCUUGAUUCAGGACCACGCUGCUCGGGUUUAUCUUCAUUAACACACUGCAUGAUGACAGCUCCUCAUUUCCUCUCCUGCGUGCUGGUUUUGGCUCCUCGUGUUUUUGUGUUGAUUGUAAAUGUUGUAUAAAUGAGGCGAGACUCUCAGCGACGCCGCUCGGUUACCUUGUUGUUGUUGUAAAAAUAAUUAAACAACCUGGAUGCCAGUGUC